CUCCUCUACUUUCUACAUUUGGAAUGCUAGCUAGCAAGCAAGCAAGCAAACGCAAUCCCCAUUUCUUCAUCUUCAAGAUUAAUUUGUGCACCCAACACAUACAAAACCUUCAAGUUUUCUUCAUCAUCAUAUCCCAUCUCCCGCUUUUUCGCUGCCAUCCAUGAUGUUUCGUCUGCUGUGUCGUUUCUAUAAAUCCAUCGCACCCCGUUGUUGAAUUCAAAAAGCACUUUGAAUUUUCAAUGGUCGUGUUUGAGUGGUGAAAUUUCAGUUUUUUUUUGGUUGGAAUGGCGGUUGAGCUCUGUUCGGAAGAUUCGAGGUCGAUAAUCAUGAGUCCGAGAAUAUCGUUUUCCGGGGAUGUGUCGCCGGCCGAGGAUGUUCCUGUGAAUCAACGGAACAUGCGAGUGAGUUCUUCAUCGUCGAGCAUAGAUUUCGAUUUUUGUGUUUUAGACUAUGAAUCCUCGUCGGCGGAUGAGCUUUUCUUGGACGGCAAAAUUCUCCCCAUUGAGAUCAAGAGAAGAAAUUUAAGGCCGCCACCACCGCCGCCGACGGCGCCGGCGCCACCGCAUCCUCAUCCUCCGCUGCCGCAAGACGACGGCGCUGAAAGGAAGCAGAGUUCGAAGCCAUGGAGAUUCCGGCGGAGUUCCAGUUUGAGUUGUGGGAGUGGAGCUCUGUGCCCUUUGCCUCUCUUAUCACGAAGCAAUUCCACCGGAUCUUCUUCUCCGAUCACAAAGGAGAGUUUCAAUUCAAAACCGCAUUACAAGAAAUUUUCUUCUUCCUCGAUCAAACAGUCGCACUCUGUGAUCUCUGCUACUCAUUAUCAAAAGCCUCCGGUGAAGAAAUUCAUGAGUAACGGUGGGAUCAGGAUAAACCCUGUCUUGAAUAUCCCGCCGGCGAGCCUCUUCGGUUUAAGCUCCAUCUUUUCCGGUGGCAAGGAUAAGAACAAGAAGAAGUUCUCAUUGUUUCAUUAAUUUUUCUUUUUUCUUGCCCAGGGUUUGUCCAAUUUUUGUUUCUUCAAGUGAGUUCUAUCUCAAAUUGCUGUAUAUAUAAAUUUGCAUUGCACAAA